AUGUUGGAAUCCGUUUUGGCGGGUGUGUUGAAUAGGUUCUUGUCUGCCUAUGUGAGUAUGCUGCCUCGGUGAGGCCGAAUAAUGUCAGCGGGAGAUCGUCAUCGAGGGAGGGAUUCGAGGUCCGGAGCCGGAUUCGAAGCCGAGGCCGAUCCAGCUGCUCGUCCAACAGUGCUAUAACUCAUCACCACUUUGACCGCUUCCAAAAAACAGGUCGACAAUUUGAACACGGGCCAAUUGAACGUCGGGAUUUGGUCCGGGGACGUCAAGUUGCGCAACCUGCGCCUCAAGAAGGCAGCGCUCGACAAGUUCCGCCUCCCCGUGGAUGUUGUCGAGGGGUAUUUGGGUGACUUGACCUUGUCCAUACCGUGGUAGGCUACUCGUGACCUUGGUCUGAACUGGGUGGACCGACGCUCUGAGGUCGUUUCAAGCUGACGGUGCUCGAUUCGAUCUGAUCGCUUUCCAACAGGUCCAACUUGUCAGGCAAGCCAGUCCGAGUCCUUGUCGAGAACGUCUACCUCCUCGCCGUCCCCACCGAUUCAGCCAAAGCAACCCCAGAAGAAGAUGCGGCCCGCGCCCAAGCGGCCAAGUUGGAAAAGUUGGAGAAUGCCGAGUUGAUGACGGCGCAGCCGACGACGGGGCUCAGCGCGGAGGAGGAGCAAAAGAACUCGUCCUUCACAACCAGUUUGGUCAACAAGAUCGUCGACAAUCUGCAAUUGGAGGUGAGUGUUCUACGUGCUCAUUAGCUUAGCGGAAUUCAGGCUCAAGUCCAUCGACACGUGCAGAUCCGGAAUAUUCACAUUCGUUACGAGGACAAGCUGUCCGUUCCCGGGCAUCCGUUCUCGGUCGGCUUGACCUUGUCCCACUUUUCCGCCAUCUCGACCGACGAGCACUGGAACCCGGCCUUCAUCACCAACUCCAAAAACGGCGUACACAAGCUCGCCAAACUCGACUCGCUCGCCGUCUAUUUCGACACCGAUUCCGAAUCGCUCGCCGGGUACCCGAUCAACGAGGCCAUCAAAAAGUUCACCGAAUUGAUCGCGACCAAGGACAAGACGCCGCGGCAUCAGUUCGUGCUCAAGCCCGUCUCGGGUCAAGGUCGCUUGAUCAUGAACCACCACAAGGUCGAUGCGCAAACACCCAAGACCGACGCCGAGCUCUUCUUCCAAGAGUUGGGCUUCGUGCUCGAUGCGGACCAGUACCGCGAUGCGCUAUCGAUGGUCGACUUGUUCCACUUCUACAUUCGCCAACGCGAAUAUCGCAUCUUCCGACCACCCCAGAAUGAGAUCGACGAGAACACGAACCGAGCGCUGUGGAAGUUCGCAACGAAAGCGAUCCUCACCGAAGUACACGAGAAGAACCGAAAAUGGUCAUGGGCCUACUUCGCCGAACGCCGCGACGAUCGCAAAGAAUAUGUCGAUUUGUUCAAGGCCAAGAGUUGUCAUGACGCUUCGCCCGACGAGUUGGCGCGUUUGGUCGAGUUGGAGAACAAGUUGGGUUAUCGUGAUAUUCGGUUCUAUCGCUCGAUCGCGAGGUCCGAUCUACGCAAGGAGAGGGCGACGUACGAGGCCGAGCAUCCAAAACCAGCCAAAAAGCAGACUGGGUGGAUCUCGUGGGCUACGGGAUGGGCCGCGAAGGCCGAAGAUGACUCGGCCCAGGACGAGGGCGAGGGAGGCUUGAGCGAGGAGCAGAGGAAAGAACUGUACCGCGCUAUCGACUGGGACGAGAAGGAGGCCGUGUCGAGUAACCUCGACUUGCCCAGCGAAGCGAUGAUGUUGCGCGUCAAGGCCAAGCUCGAGACGGGAUCGUUUGCGCUGCGACGAGGGCAACAAGACCUUGUCGCGCUCAACUUUGACGAUUUCGCAUUGGACCUCGUACAGCGGCCAGAGAACUUUGAUGCGACGCUCGCGCUCGGAGGUUUGCGUGUGUUUGACAACACUUGCGAAGGGAGCAUGCAUCAACAGAUCGUUAGGGUCAAGGCGGACAAGGUCAAGGAGAGGAACAAGAAGUGGUCGGUCGAUUCGGUGUCGCGCAAUUUGCCGCCGCCGGAGGAACGAGAGGCCGAUGAUGACGUUGGCCAAUACGACGAAGAGAUUGGAUCAGCGGCCGCGCUGAGUGGCGAAGACACACACGACCAGGAUGACGAGGAUGAUGAGGAUGACGAGGAUGACGAAGACGACGCGGACGGGUCCAAGUUCCCCAAGGCGACCAAGGUCAAGGAUCCGUUCUUCUGGCUCAAAUUCGAGCACAAGCCUCUAGACGAACGCGCGGACAACGCGCUCGCUGUCCGACUGCGUCAUAUGGAGAUCAUCUACCACAGGGGAUACGUCGAGGCCAUCUUCAAGUUCUUCCAACCCCCCGAGUCGCAGCUCGAGUCGGUCGGCGCUUUGAUCGAUGUCGCGAGCGAGACGCUCGAAGGGAUCCGCAAGGAGACACGGGCGGGUCUCGAGUACGCGCUUGCACAGCACAAAACCGUCGAUUUACAGCUCGACCUGAAUGCGCCCAUCAUCAUCAUACCCGAGGAUGUCACACGCAAGGAUUGCCAGCACAUCGUCUUGGACGCGGGGCACAUCGCCGUCGAAAGUGAUCUGGCGGACCAAGCAGCGGUCGAUCAGGUCAAGGCCAAGGAACGCCAAGAAUACCAUGAUGAGGACUAUCAGCGCCUCGAGAGCCUAAUGUACGACAAGUUCCACAUCAAGCUCGAAUCAGCGCAGUUGUUGAUGGGGCCGAGUCUGAAAGUGUGUCUCGAAGCACUCGACGAUGGUGGGGACGGGCAUUCGCACAAGCAUGGCGAGCUGCACAUCCUUGAGCGCACGAGCUUGACCUUUCUCGCGCAGAACUGCAUCCUCGACCAAGCGCCUAACCUGACGAGGUUCAAGAUUUCGGGAUCCUUGCCCCAGUUGCAGGUCAAUCUUUCGGAUCGCAAGUACAAGAGCUUGAUGCGCAUGAUCGACGUCGCCUUGCCCAAAUUCGGAGACGACAAGAGUGCCUCGGAGAAUGCGGCGACUCGGCCGUCUCCGAUCGUCGCUCGGCAUUCGUCGUUUGCUCGAUCCCGACCCGUCGUCCACGAGGACGUGGAAUACCACGUCGAGAAGGCCGAGUCGGAACCUGAGGAAGAGGAGGACGAGGAUGACACGGAAGAGAAGGAAGAGUUCUUUGACACCGAGGAUAGCCCAACCGGGAAGCAAAACAUCAACCAAAAAACGUUCGAGUUCACGUUCCAAGUCGACAAGGUCCAGGCCUCGAUCUUCCGCUCCAACUCGGACCCGAGGAAACCCGAUCGUCUGCUCGCGAACGCGGUGUUGCAGGGCUUCCAGUUUGAGUUUGGUCUACGCCCCUUCGAUAUGAGCGUCGAUAUCCUGUUGCGCAGUCUUUACAUCGAGGACAAGAUGGUUGAAGCGGGACACGAGUUCCGGCAUCUCGUCACCUCCGAGGAGCUGAGUGGUGCGCACGGGAAGGACCUGGUGCGCAUCCAGUACCGGGGCGUGCAGAAGGUUUCGCCAGAGUUCAUGACAGUGCACGAAGGCAUAGACAAGGUACGUGAAGUGUACUCGAAAUCGACACGCGACUUACAGCUGACGACCCCUGAACGUCUCAGAUGGUCGACGUGGAGAUGUCAACAAUCAACGUCGUUGUCACUCGGGGCAGUAUUCUCACCCUAUUCGAUUGGGUGAUGACGACCUUCACUGAUGGCGGAGCAGGUGGAGGGGCUGGGGGUACACCUGCUCCUGGCACACCUGUGGGCGAAGAACCGCCUCAGGCCGAGCAAGUCAACGACAAAAUGCGCGUCAAGGUCAAGCUGACGUCCAUCAACUUGAUCCUGAACGAGGACGGCCUGCGGAUCGCCACCCUAUCACUAUCAGCUGCGGAUGUUUCAGUGUUCUUGCGCUCGCCGACAAUGCGUGUCGCUGCCCGACUGGGCAACCUCGAAUUAUUGGACGAUUUUAGUGGCGACACACCCAGGCAGCUGCUGACGAUUCAGGGAGAUGAGUUGGCCGACUUCCAGUACGAGACGUACGACCCCACGGACAAGACGACCUAUCCUGGCCACGAUACGCUCGUGUACCUCCGCAGCGGAUCGCUCAAGUUCAUCUUCUCCGAAGAGCCUGUGCAUCGAAUCCUCGUCUUCAUGUCCAAGUUCGGGCGCAUGAAGGCCGCCUACGAUGCCGCUGCGCAAGCUGCUGCUCAACGUGCGACCGAGGUCACAACUUGGAUCCCCAAAAUGCAUUACGACAUCCUCAUCCGCACGCCGAUCGUCGUUUUCCCUCAGGAUAGUACGGCGGUGACUAAGCAUGGGAUCAGUGCGCAUUUGGGAGAGAUCUCGCUCGCGAACAAGUUUGAGGUCUCGGACGAAGAGGUCGUUACCAAGAUCGUGUUUGAAUUGCGUCAGGUUCGCCUCAGUUCGACACUGAAUUGCGAGGGCGAGCAGGAUGGUCAGGACGUGCAAAUCCUUGAUGAUGUCACCAUCCAUGUCGAUGUCACCAUGACGCAAACUAUAGAUCCGAGCAAGGAGCUCACGAAACCGGGCACGCUAGUCGAUGCUCGCAUGUCGGAUGUUAAGAUGCACUUGCCCGAGGCGCAGUAUGCGGCCUUGAUCGCGCUGAUGCAAACAGUACCUCGUACGUUUGCUCUGGCAGAUGAUGAGGUUGAGGACGAGUCUACCGCCAUCGCACCUCCGCGCCCCCUUACCCCUCCGCCCAAGGAUCGCAAGCUCGACUCGGUGCCAGAAGACGGCGAAACCGUCGACCUGCUCCCCGAGCUCGCUUCCGUUGCCAGGCACGCCGAUGGUACGACUGUGCCCCUCAAAUCGAGUCUGGAGCUUACGUUCACUGUCAAGACGGUCUAUCUCGAGUUGUUCACCAUUGCAGCCACGACAGUCGACACCCUCAAGGAUGCCAGUUUGGCUCGCUUCUCGCUCAACGAGACGGGGGUCAAGUACAAGAUGCUUUCGAACGGGUCGAUGGAGGCCGAGGUCGUCGUGCGCUCAUUCACGCUCCACGACACUCGACCUGCCCAGUCGACCAAGUUCAGGGAGAUCAUCCCUGCGACCAAGCACGAUGGUCAUCAGUUCAUGAUCAGCUACUCGCAGAGUGGUGGGGUUGACAAGAGCGCGUACGCCAACAUCGCCAUUGAUACGCCCAAGAUGGUCUUUUCGCUCGACCCCCUCUUCGGCCUGCUCGACUAUUUCACCAGCGCCUUCCCCAAGACGCCGAAUGCUGCGCCGUCGAAGGAUAUUGAAGAUGACAGGGUUACCUUGAGCGAUGACAAGUCGGCCGUGGGAGUCCAGCAGCCCCAGCCUGCUUCAACGUUUGCGUUCCGAGUCAAUAUUGUCUCGCCAACGAUUCAGUUGCUCGCGCACCCCGAUCAGAGCGACUCCGAAGCGGUCGUUCUGUCGAUCGAUCAGAUCUUGAUCUCGCAACAAGGCACGUUGGUGCUCAAUGUGGCGCGUAUCGGCAUGUUCCUAUGUCGGGUGAGUGCUGGGCUCUCAUGCAUGAUCUCGUGCCGCUGAUCACUGACGUCGUGUGCUUCUAUCCUUCAGAUGGACCGGCCUAAGGAAAAGAUCCGGGUAGUCGACGAUUUCGAUGUAACCCUAAUGAUGGACAGUCGAGGCGACGCUGGACAGCAAGUCACGAACAUUGAAGUCGGAAUCCAGCCCCUCAUCCUGCGAGUGUCGUAUCGAGACAUUCUCCUCAUCCAGUCCAUCAUCAGUCGAGCUAGUGAGCUCUCGAAUCGAGGAACACCACCUCUACCGGAGGAAGAGCCCGCUCGACCCGACCUUGCCUCAGUGUCUAGUCGGCAGCGCUCUGGUACCGACCCGACGCGUCAAUCCAUUGCAGGGACCAAGCGAAGGGCUUCGGGGCCGGCGUCGGCAAUGGCGUCGACGAACGCACCUUUUCAAGCCCAAAUCUUCAUCACCAAGGAAACGCUCAAAGUCACGCUCGACGGCUUUCAGCUCGUGCUCAUUGGGGAUCUUCACGACUUGCCCGUCUUUGACAUCAGAGCGGAGGAGUUCACGGCCGAGGUACACAACUGGUCGUCGGAUCUCGAUGCGCAGGUCACGAUCGAGCCUCGCGUGCAGUGCUUCAACUUGCGCGUGUCGACUUGGGAACCUCUGGUGGACCCGUGGAGGUUCUCGGUCAACGUCUCGAGGCCUGUUACGACUGGCCUCCUGUCGAUUACACUAUCGUCGCAGGAGCGCCUUGAACUCAACAUCACGUCAACGUUCAUCGAGCUCGGUCUGACGACGCAAGCCAUUAUUGGCCGAGAGGGCGAGAAGCUCUUGACACGCGCUCGGGGAUCUCAGGCGCCGUUUUUGAUCAAGAACCGAACCGGUUAUCCCCUGUCGCUCUGGAGUGAGGGCAACAACGGAGGCGACGCCCACCGCCUCGCUGAUGGCGACGAUGCGCCUUGGCGCUUCAACGAUUGGAGGGCUAUGCGGGAGCAUUUGCACGUCGGUAGUCGCAACUCGUUAACGCUGCAGUUCGAAGGCACAUCGUGGACAGCUUUGCAGAACGUCUCGGUCGAUCGCGAGGGCGAGCACAUCUACGUUCUGAAGCCCAAGCUUGACAAGGUCUCGCAUCGCUUGAUGUGUGAGGUCAAGCUCGUCGAGAACGUCAAAGUCGUCACCUUCCGUUCGACGUUCCUCGUGCAGAAUCGAUCGCUCGUCAAUGCCGAGAUGGUCAUCGUCGACGAGUUCGGCAAGAAGGCAUCGCAGAUCUACAAGAUCUUGCCCGGCGAAGACUGCCCCGUCCCUAUCGUUGCUGCCUACACGAGUCGGAUCCGCUUCCGACCUGAUGCUGGCUUUGGCUACGCUUGGUCCGGCGAACCUCUGCACUGGCAGGCGCUGGUCAAGAACCCGACUCGAGCGAUUGUGUGCAAGUCGGCCAAGGAGGCGGCAUUCCGGUUCCAGGCUCAUGCGAUUCUCGACAAGUCGGACCCGCUCGUGCGGGUCUACCCUAAGCUUACACUGCGCUUGCGAGCGCCCGUCGAAGUGCAGAAUCUCCUGCCGCACGACAUCCAGUACCGAGUGUUUGACAAGAACAUUGAGCAUAAUUGGACGUCGUACCUGCGCGAAGGUGGCAUUUCUCCGAUCCACAUUGCCGAGCUGUCGCAUCUGUUGCUGCUGAGCAUCGACGUCCAGGACACGGUCUUUAACCGUUCCGAGUUCGCCAUCAUCAACACCGACAACCCGGAGGACCUGCCCGUCGAACACGACCUCGUGCUUUCGGACAAGGAAAAGUUAAACCUCAACUUGCGCAUCCACUUCCAGAAGCAUCUCGACUCGGGCGGCGCGUUCCGCGUGCAGAUUUACUCGCCUUACAUCCUCAUCAACAAGUCGGGAUGCGAUUUCGCGCUCAAGACCAAGACGUUCAUGUCCUCAGCCAAGAACGUGGCGGGGCAGAGCAUCUUCUCUGGUGAGCUCGGGUGUGCAUCUUCUGGUAAUUGCGCCACUUUUGCUAACUCAUUUGUGGGCCGUUCUAAAGGUGGCCAAAAACGAAACGGUGCAGAGCCAUUCAUGUUCUCCUUCCCGACCGACGAUCGACGCAACCGUGUCCUCUUGCGAAUCAACGACUCGAACUGGUCCGCGCUGCUCAGUUUCGAGACAAUCGGCAUGGAGACCGAGGUCGUGCUGCCUUCUGCUUCGGGUAACGAGGAGAUCCACAUUGGUCUCAAAGUCACCGAAGGCUUGGGCGAUUACAAGUUGACCAAGGUGGUGACGCUCUACCCCCGUUUCAUCGUCAAGAGUAGCCUGGACCAUGACAUCCGUGUUCGCGAGCUUGGUUCCACGAACGAGAAAGUGCUGACACCGGGCGACCGGUACCCGCUGGGCUUCAUGCGGGCUGGCAACAAGCCCCAGCUUGUCCUUUCUCAAUCUGGCGCCCCAGCUGUGUGGUGAGUGGUUGCGGAGAGUCACCCUCGGGGGAUCCCCUGCUCAUUCUCGUCCGUAAAUAUACGCUCGCAGGUCCGCGCCAUUCAUGAUCUCCGAUAUUGGCCAGAAUCACGUCAGAGUGCAACGCCAAGACGAGGAAGAAUUGCUGGUUCGUGUCGAUGCGAUGCUCGAAGGCCCUUGCAUCUUCAUCAAGCUUGAGGCCGAGACGAAGGGCUGGCCAUUCCUAUUCCGCAACGAUAGUGACUACCCGGUCACCCUCUGCCAAGCUGUGAGUGCUUCCGACUCGACAUUGCUCUCAUUCUUCCUGACUGAAACCCGGUCUGACGCCCUCUCGCCCUCUCGCAGCUCCCGGAGGACGCUGCAGCAAAAGGUCGACCGCGCCGCAAGAAAUACAAGCUUUCCCCGAGGAGCAAAUUACCCUACGCGUGGGAUCUACCGGCCGAAACGAACAAGCAACUGCAGAUCAGCGUCAACGGCACGAACCGUAUCAUCAACGUGCUCGAGAUUGGAUCGCAGCUGCCAUUCAAGUUCCCGUACGAGGAACACACGGGCGUGCUUUCGAUCGAAGUGCGCGCCGAGGGCCAGACACAAUCCGUCACCUUCUCCAACUACGAUGAGGAGGAUAGCGUGUUCAAACUGCAGCGGCGAGAGACCUCACUCUCUCGCGCUGAAUCGACGACGAGCAGCAAUCGUGAAACGACGUUCGAGGCCGUCGAUGUCGACGUGAUCACGACCUUCUCGUUCGGUAUCAGCUUCGAGGGUAUCGGUAUUUCUCUGGUCAACAAGAAGAUGCAGGAGCUCGUCUACGCCUCAUUCCGAGGCCUCACCUUCAAGUACUCGGACUCGACGACCAACGUCGCCUAUGACUUGUCAAUCAAGUGGAUUCAGGUCGACAACCAGCUGUUUGGUGGUCUGUACCCCAUUCUGCUCUACCCGUCGGUCAUCCCCAAGGAUGGCAAGGAGCUCGAAGUGCAUCCGAGUUUGCAGGCUUCCGUUAUCAUUCUCAAGGACGAGUCACACGGUGUGACGUACUUCAAGUACGCCUCGGUAUUGCUACAGGAGAUGACCGUCGAAGUCGACGAAGACUUUUUGUUCGCCUUACUCGACUUCGCCAAAUUCUCCGGUGCGACAGGGCAAGACGAGAUCCCUUCGAGAUUGACCGAGGAGCCGGCAGAUAUUCCUGAGCCCAAGGGUUCGUCGGGAGGUGGCGACGUCUAUUUUGAAGUGCUUCAUCUCCAGCCGAUCCAACUCGAUCUAUCGUUCAUGCGAACAGAUCGAGUGAACGUCGACCAAAAGUGAGUAGCAUCUGUUGAGACGGCCACUCGUUGGUAUGAUGCUCAACUGUCUCCUCUAACUCUACAGACUCAACACUCGCAACCCGUUCUUCUUCUUCGUCAACGCAUUGACCAUGGCGCUCGGCAAUGUCAACGAUGCCCCCGUGCGACUGCACGCUCUGGUCAUUGAAAACGUGCGCCUGUCCCUGCCGGUUCUCCAGGAGCGCUUGACGCUCCACUACAGCAACGAGUUCUUCGGUCAACUGUAUCGCGUACUUGGCAGCGCCGAUUUCCUUGGGUGAGCAGCCUCUACUUUCGGCGUGGAGUUGAGUUUUCAUUUAGGCUGAUGGCGGUGUCUCGUUCCCACAGUAACCCCGUCGGCUUGUUCACGAACGUGUCGAGUGGUGUGGCAGACUUCUUCAUCCAGCCCUACGAUUCGGUCAUGAUGAACGGUAACCGUGAUCUGGGCAUUGGAAUCGCUCGUGGUGCUGGAUCGCUAGCCAAGAAGACGGUGUUCGGUGUCUCAGACAGUAUGGCCAAGGUGACAGGUAGUAUCGGCAAAGGAUUGUCCGCCGCGACGCUCGACAAGGAGUACCAGAAUCAACGACGUAUGCGCCAGUUCCGAAACAAACCAAAACAUGCCUUAUACGGUGUGACGGCUGGUGCGACAUCGUUGAUCACCAGUGUGGCCAGUGGAUUCGAGGGCUUGGCGACGAAACCGCUCGAGGGUGCAGAAGCCGAAGGUGCCGCUGGGUUCCUCAAGGGAGUCGGCAAAGGAUUCGUCGGGUGAGUCUAGAGCCAGUUCCUGACUGCAUGACCACGUCUGAUUGUGAUUAGCUUUGCCCAUUCCACAGUCUCGUCACCAAGCCUGCCGUUGGGUUGUUCGAUCUGGCGAACAACGUCACCGAGGGCAUCCGAAACACAACGACAGUGUUUGAUCAAUCGAGCAUCGAUCGCGUUCGACUUCCUCGGUUUACCGCCAGUGAUGGUAUCCUGAGGGUGAGCAGCACUUAUAUCCCCGGUCGGCAUGUCAGAGCUGACCAAAUGUGACCUCGAAUCUACAGCCUUAUCAAGAACGAGAGGCGCUCGGCCAGAGCUGGGUCAAGAACGUCGAGACAGGCCGGUACUUCAAUGAGACCUACGUCGCUCAUCUGGACAUCCCAUCUUCGGACGACACGUUGGCCGUCGUGGUGACGACGACGCGCAUCCUAUUGGUCAAGGUCGCCAAGUUGAAGGUCGGCUGGGAUGUGCCGUUCUCGGACUUGGUCACAAUUUCCCUCGAAGCAACAGGAAUCAGUAAGUCUCCUCAUCCAGGUCGUGUAUUUUUUCCGGCUCUCCGAUUCUCCGAUCUGACCGUUCUCCUGCCUGUGUUCUGCAGCCCUCAAGCUCAGAGGCAACGUGCCCGGACCUUUCCUCCCCAUCGCCGACCAGCCCGCCCGGCUCUGGCUCUUCAGACAUCUCGAACGAGUCGUCACGGCACAGUUAGUCCACUAUCGGACGCUUCACCAUUACUUGAGACGUUGACCCACCUUCCAUUUUCUGAUACAGCAAUGCGCGUCGAUUGGCAGAGUAG